AACAAGGGAAAUAAUUAUUAACGACACCGCAUAACCGUGUUUCUAAUUAACUGAGCUGAUCUCGUGUUAAAGUGAACGGUAAUGUUUGUGGAUAGGAUAGGGCGACGUACAUAUAUCAGAGACGGUGUUCCUUCACGGCUUUAGAUCGUUAAAUGGUUGUUCCCUAUUUUACAGGACAGGGGUAAUGACAUAAUCAAUAACAAAUCAAUCAAUCAAUGAACUUUCCUCGUCUUUUCUUCGAUUUUCAAAUUCGCAGACACUUGUCUGCUUUUUAAGAAUUGCUCAAAAAUUAAUAUGGAGAACGUUAAUCAUUUGGACAUUUCUAACGCAACUGUUUUUAACAAUAUAGAUACAAAAAGAAAGAAGAUCGGAGAUGAGAAAGCUGAAGACAGAAAUGUUCCUGAAUAUCGCAGCGAGAUUUGUCGGAAGACGUUCCCUGUCGAACACGAAGACUUCACACACAAGGAGGUACACAGUAAGGAAAACCUGUUCCAUUGUAAAAUAUGUGAGAAACCAUUUCUUAGAAACACCAAUAUUGUGGAUCACGAACGUAGUCACAUUGAUGAAAAACGUUUUGACUGUGAAAUUUGUGAGAAAUCUAUCGCUCAGAAUGCUUAUCUUGUUCACAACCGUUGUCACACUGGAGAAAAACCUUACCAUUGCGAAAUAUGCGAUAAAUCUUUUGGUUCUAGUAGCAUUCUGGCAACACACAUACGAAUACAUACUGGAGAAAAACCAUUCCAAUGUGAAAUAUGUGGGAAAUAUUUUGCUUAUAAACAACAACUUACAACACACAAUAUUCUACACACUGGGGAAAAACCUCAUUGUGAAAUAUGUGGGAAAUCUUUCUCUCGAAAUGCUUAUCUUAUAGUUCAUAAACGAAGUCACACCGGAGAAAGACCAUUCCAGUGUGAAAUGUGUGAGAAGUCUUUUGUUUCCAGUAGUUUGCUAACAACACACAAAAGAAUACAUACUGGAGAAAAACCAUUCCAGUGUGAAAUGUGUGAGAAAUUUUUUGGUUCUUGUAGCGUCCUAUCAAGACAUAGAAAAGUACACACUGGGGAGAAACCUUUCCGUUGUGAAAUAUGUGGGAAAUGUUUCGCUUAUAAUUGUGAUUUAAACAGACAUGUAAGAAUACAUACUGGAGAGAGACCAUUUCAUUGUGAAAUAUGUGGGAAAUCUUUCUCUGAUAAUUCUAGUCUUGCAAGCCACAAAAGUAUGCACACUGGAAUAAAACAGAAUAAUUGUGAAACAUGUGGGAAAUCCUUUCUUCAUAAAUCUCAUCUUACAGUUCACAAACGCAGUCAUACGGGAGAAAAGCCAUUCCAGUGUGAGAUAUGUGGGAAUUCUUUUGCUUCUAGUUAUGUCCUAACACAACACAAAAGAACACAUACUGGAGAAAGACCAUUCCAUUGUGAAACAUGUGGGAAAUCGUUCACUCAAAAUUCUCAUCUAAUUGAGCACAAACGUCGACAUACAGGAGAAAAACCAUUCCAAUGUGAAAUAUGUGAGAAAUAUUUUGUGUCUUCUAGUAAAUUAAAGAAUCACAAAAGGAUUCAUUCUUGAAGAAAAAAUUUGGACUGAAAUAUGUAAAUCCUUUUCUUUGGAGAACCCUUUUUGUUUUUUUGUCAUUUUAAUUCUUAUCUUAUAAAAGAUAUAAAAUAUUUAUGCAUUUUGAAAUUAAAAUCUUCUAACUAGUUA